AUGAAUAAAAAGUGGUUCAAAAUUAUGAUUCUGGACGCGUCUGCUCCUAAAAUCUCCCUUUCUAAUCCAAUCCUCUCCCUUCCUUCUCUCUUUAAUUCCAACAAAUGGGGCUCAAGGGUUUCUCUUAGCUAUCUUCCCUCUCUAGAUUUUGCAAAACCCUAGUUUCUUCAUCGUCUUUAUCACUGUUUGUAUCCAAGGAAACCUGGUCUUCCUUUUGUGUACGCUGCCACGGUUUUGGUGUUUGUUUGAUUCUCUGUAGUUUUCUGCAAUGUCAGUCUCCGGUGGUGUUUCGAUUGCCCGAAUCCGUGGGGAGAAUCGGUUCUAUCAUCCACCUGCGAUGCGGCGUCGUUUGCAGCAGCAGCAGCAGCAGCAACAACAACAACAGCAACAACAGCAACAGCAACAGCAGCAGAAGAAAACUGCCUUGGAUUCUGAGGUUGUUGCUACUACUGCGAGGAUCGAUGAGUUGGAGAAGAGUGAGGUCGUUGAGUGUCGUUCUUGGUCCACUCGCUCGGAUUGCUCUGUUUCUGAUCGUGGAGUUGCUGAUUCUACUAAUUUGGAUCGGUUCUUGGAGUACACUACUCCCGUUGUUCCGGCUCAAUAUUUUUCUAAGACGAGCCUAAAGGGAUGGAGAAAUCGUGAAGUCUCAGAGGCACCUCCUUAUUUUGUGCUCGGUGAUCUCUGGGAAUCUUUCAAGGAAUGGAGUGCAUAUGGAGCGGGUAUCCCUCUAUUGUUAAAUGGUAGCGACUCUGUAGUACAGUACUACGUUCCAUAUCUGUCAGGCAUACAACUCUAUGUGGAUCCAUCAAAAUCCUCUGCCUUAAGAAGGCGUGGUGCUGAUAUUGAUGCUGAGUCCUCAAAGGAAACAACUAGUGAUGAAAGCAGUAAUUGUGGGAUGGAAAAAAAAGCUAGUACGGUUCUUCAGGAUGAGUGGAUACAGGACUCCAGUGUUACUGGGUCACAGAGAGCGCUACAAAUGAAUGUACCCUCUGCCGAGUCAUCAAGUGAUGAAAGUGACUCUUGCUGCCGUCAAGGUCAGCUUGUGUUUGAAUACAUGGAGCUUGAUCCACCAUUUUGUCGUGAACCAUUAACUGAUAAGAUCACUAUCCUUGCAUCUCGUUUUCCUGAAUUGAAAACAUAUAGAAGCUGUGAUUUAUCUCCUUCCAGUUGGAUAUCUGUGGCAUGGUAUCCAAUUUAUAGGAUUCCCACGGGUCCAACUCUACAAAGUCUAGAUGCUUGCUUUUUGACCUUCCAUUCUCUGUCUACAGCAUUUCAAGGUAGUUCCUCGCUUAAUUUAAUUUUUAUUUUUAUUUUUUGUUAUGCAUAUAUGUCAUCAAUUAAUUCUCUGGGCCAGUUUAUAUUCUAUGUGCCUUUUGUUCUGUUUAGUUUAAAAUCAAAGUGGAUUGGUUUAUGGUAAAUUGAUUUCAAUGGCUACAGUCAAGUGUAGUUAGGUAUGAUUGUAGUUUCGAUCACCUGUAAUGGCUGUAUUAUGGGAAAACAUCAGCUGUGGCAGGAAGAUUGAGUAAAAAAAUUUAUCGAUUGAGUGUUUGGAAUAUAGUUUUGAAAACCUAUUUUGUUAGUUAAGGCCGAAAUAUGCCUGUAAGACAAUCAACUCAUAACUUGCAGUUAACUUGUGCUAUUUUGCACGAACUUCAUUUAUAAGAUAGACAUUGUAAGAACAUUUUCAAAUGGGCAUCAUGAUGCUUGUGUUUGGAACA